AUGAGCAUAGCUGCUCAGGCAGCGAGGAAUGUCGGAGGUUGUGUGCCGAAUAAGAUCCACGUCAGCGGUGUGCCCACUACAGUGACCAAGGACCAAUUCGUGCAAUACUUUGCGCAGUACGGCGCCAUUGCGAAAGCGGAUCUCGUUGCGGCGAGGGGCUUUGGCUUCAUAACCUACAACACCGUCGAGGCUGUGGAUGCGGUGGAAAGGGAGGAGCAUCACUUCGGCAGGAAGCAGGUGAAAGUCCAGCCUUGCGUGCCUCGAGAGCGCAUGGCUGCAUACGAGACCGAGAAGCAUCGUCUCUCCACAGCCGCGCCCAAGGCUGCCGAGAAGUUGGCGGUGCCGCCAAAGGCCGUGGCCACGGCACCAUCGGGUGGCAAAGGCAACUCGAUUCCUGGCUCUGGGUGGCCGCGAAUCGGCCUUCCUGGGAAGCCGUCCUCGAGUUCCAUGAACGAGGGGGCCGACAAGAACGAGGCAGAAAACUCCGCUCAAUUGCCAGUCCCGACGGAGGUGAUGAGGCGACUCAUGGACCACGCCGAGGAAGAUGCAGCCAUGGCGGCUGCUCUUCUUCGAGACAUGGACCCCAGGCGUUCUCCGCAUCUGAGCUAG